AACGGCACAAUUUUCCGCCACUAUGAUGAAUCGUAUUUGGAUAAAUUGCAGUAUUGUAUGGUACCCACUAUGGGUAAUGAUACGAAUUCUACUUUCUACUUAAAUCCAGCCAAUUGUGAUUUAAGUCCCGGUUAUGGAACAAUGAAAAUAAUAAAUGCAUACGCUAUGCUCUUCUCCAUACCGUUUAUGAUGUUGACCAUUUUAGUGUAUUUGGCCAUACCGGAAUUGCGCAAUCAGCAUGGCAAAUCACUGGUCUGUUAUUUAUUUGGUCUAAUAGUAGGCUAUACGAUGUUGUGUUUGAAUGCCUGGUCGGCGUAUAUAGAUGUAAUGGGUUUGCCCUGUAAAGUUAUAGGUUAUACCGCCUAUUAUUUCUUUAUGGCGGCCUUCUUUUGGUUAAGUGUUAUUAGUUUUGAUUUGUGGCAUAAUUUCCGCGGCACCAGAGGCAUUAAUCGUUUUCAGGAGAAGAAAAGAUUUGCCAUGUAUUCGGUAUAUUCUUGGGGCAUACCUAUUAUAUUUCUAAUAGGUACUUGGUUUAUGCAAGAACGUGUGGAUAUACCUUAUGCCUGGAAGCCCGGUAUUGGUGGGGGUGAAUAUUGCUGGAUCAAUAUGUUAACCUGGUCAGGUUUGGUGUACUUCUUUGCUCCCAUUAUGGGCAUAAUUGUGGCCAAUAUCAUUAUGUUUAUCAUGACAGCCAUGAAAAUCCAUAAAGUACAAAGAGAAAUGGCACGUAUUAUGGCUCGAGAGGAUAGUACGCGUAACUUAAGAAAUGAAAAAGACAAGUAUAUUUAUUCGGUUUAUUUUACGUUUAUUUUGGUCAUGGGUGUUACUUGGUCUUUGGAAAUCGUCUCAUAUUUUGUGGGCGUUGACAAGCCCUGGUCGAAAAUCUUUUAUGUGGCUGAUAUUUGUAAUGCCAUACAAGGUUUUUUGAUUUUCAUGUUUGUCAUGAAAAAGAAGGUUAAACAAUUGAUUACUAAUAGAUAUUCGGUACGUGAUAGCAGUAAUCAGCGCCAAAGUCAUUCCUCCACUAAAACCACUUGCAGCAGUGUGGGAAGUAUAGCAUUGCCGAAUUCAAAAAUUUCAGCAGAUAAACCCCUGAUCAAACCUCUCGAAAGUACUACAGUCUUAAGUGGUCUAUGAAUAUAUUUCUUAAAUUUUAUUUAAAUUAAUAUAUAAACUAUAUAUUUAAAAGAAAAGUGUAUAUCGAAUGUUUAUCUAAGUCGUUUUACCAUAAAAAUUAUGCUAAGAAUGAAUUGAAACAAAAAGAAAAAGACAAAAACUAUAAGGAUAUUCAUUAGUGAGAGUAUCAAAGCUUUUUUUUCUCU